AUGGCGUCCGCAAAGCCCUAUAUGGGCCCCGUCUCUCUCGGAUACUCCAAGUAUGCUGCUCCGCACUUGAAGAAGGCAGCUUUGGCCACGUCCAUCAACCCCUCCGCAUCUAUCGCUGUUACCCCAGCCGUGGAUAACACCAUCGCCACCAAGGAGCAGAUCACUGCCUUCAACACCGGCGACUCCCAUGUGGCCCUCAAAGACGCUCACCACAACGCUGACGCAGACAGUGGCGCUCACGUGGCAGCUCAGAACAACCCAGAUGCGCAGCUCGCCAUCUCCCAAGGCAAUGCGUUGAAGGAACAAGUCGCCAAGCACGCCAAAAAGUUCAUCAGGACUGUCUCGACCACGGUCACCAAUACGCGCCGACUGCUGCAGCUGAUCCGGGAAGAGUCACCGGAUGCGACCAAUCCGACUGUCGAAGCCCUGUGGAAUGAGCUGGAGGCGCUCUUUGCUGCGGCAAAUGACGCUAAGGAGAAGCUGCCUGUGUUCCUCGAGAAGCAGCGUGACAACAUGAGCUUGUACCACAGCUCAAUGGUGAAUGAGGCCAUCAAGGAUUCGCAAGACGAACUCAACAUCCAGCACAAGAAGGUCAAUAUCCAGCACAACCUCAUUCUCGAGCACCAAGAGGCAUUCCUUGCGCACAAGGAGCAGACUGGCGAGAAGCUGAAGGAGAUCGAUGCCCUCCAGGAGCGCGUCUCUCGUCUGACGCUCGAGAAGGGCAACUUCCGCACCGAGAUCGACAACUACGCGCACCUGCUAGAGCAAGCACGCUCUACAAAGGAGGAAGAUCUUCGCAAAGUCGACGCCCUCGAGAAGGAGCUGGAGACUCUCGUGGAGUCCAAGAAGCAGCUCCUUGCAGAAGCCGACACCCUCCGCAAAGCGCUCCAAGACCUUCAAGCUAAGACAAAGGCCGACGAUCAGGCGACAACAGAUCGCUUCACCGCUGAGCUAAAGUCGACUGCCGACCUCCUCGCGAAGGAGACCCAGAAGAAUACGGCUCUGAACACCAUGAUCAGCCAGUUGAAGGGAGGCGAGAGCACUGCUAGACUCGAGGCCGAAAAGGCAAAGAAGGAAAACAAGAGUCUGAACGAGCGCUACAACAACCAGGCAUCUGAGCACGGGAAGGCAUUCGCGAAACUCAACGAGCAGACCAAGCAAGUUGAAGGCCUGAAGAUCGACCUUGGUAGUAGCCAGAAGGAGAACGCCGAGCUGAAGCAGCGUCUCGUCAAACUCGCCGACCUCGAGUCCCAGGUUACCGAACUCAUGCGAGCAAAGUCGACUCUUUCCGAACAAGUCAGCACCCUCGGCGCCGAUUUGGACGCCAGCAAGAAGGAAGAAGCCAAGACCAAGACCCAAGUGGAGGGGCUUCUGAAGAAGCUUGAAGGUCUUGACGAUGAGGUUGACCAGCUAGAAUCGGAGAACACUAACCUUCUCGCCAAGCAGAAAGAGUAUAGGAUGACCGCACAGACCUGCGAGUCCCUCAAGGAGGAGAACGCCAAACUUAAGGCAGAAGUCGACGAGCUCAAGACCUCCAAGAGCCCCACUUUUGCUGUUGGCGGCUCUCCGUCUUUGAUGAACGAGGAGAAAGCACGUGCUCGGGAGGCCAAGAUUGGAGAGCUCGAGAAGACCGUGCUAGAAUGGACUGAGCUAGCGAAGCGUUCCUACAGCGAGUACAAGGAGAUGCUUCCCACCUACAAGAAGGCCGAUCAGUACCGCCAGGAGGUCGUCGACAGGGACGAAGUCAUCAGGGGUCUGGAGCUCGAGCUUGCCCAAGCUAAGGUCUCCAAGACUACUAAUGGUGUUGGAGCUGCUGCCCCUAGCAGCGAUGCUCUCUACUGGAAGAACAAGUAUGAGGCUGUUCUGCUUGCCGUUGACAACUAG